AAGUCCCUCCCAAAUGAGAAUAAAAACUGCCGGGCCAUUCUUCACAAACUCAAUCGAAGUUUCAACAUGAAGCUGACAGCCUUUGCUUUGCUGACGUUCAGCAUCUUUCUAACAGUAAAGAGUCAGUAUGUUCCAAAGACCUGCCAGUGUCCAAAGGUACUAAAAAGAGUUCAAGUCCCAUUUUCUGAUUUCACCGUGAGCCCAAAAGGACCUAACUGCUUCAAAGAUGAGAUCAUAGUCACACUACAGAAGAACAAAAGUCUUGUGUGCCUCAGUCCAGAUGGAAAACAGGGCAAGAGACUGAUGACGUGUUGGCAAAAGAAUGGCAAAAACAGCACAAGAUGUUUACGCCGACAAAAACGGAGACAAAAUAAGAGAAGGCAAGCCAAGUCCAAGAAAGGCAUCUCUUAAAUGAAAUAGUAAGCACAUGGAGUUUAUGAGAAGAUCCCCAGAAGAUAAUAAUCUUCAAAGCCAGUGCAAUAUGUUAUGGGAUUUCUGUACUUUCACAUGCACAGAACAAUUCCUUAGAAAAAGAAAGGCUCUAUUCAGAGAAGUGCACAAGCGUAUGGAGGGCAAAGAAACAGUAACUAAUGAAGACAUGUUGUAACAGGGACGGCAAUGAGCGAAGACUUUGUAAAGUGAUUAUUUGAGCCCUAAUAUGUCAGCAGAGCUAACACACUGGGCCAGUUUUAUAAACACGUAUUUGUGUGUAUUUAAAAUUCAUCUCUUCAGUUAUAAAAUGAAGAAAAUUGUUUCUACUGUAUUUGCUAUUAACAUGCGUGUUUAUAAUAAUUAUUUGCACAUGUACAUAAUGUAAACAUAAUGUAAUAUAAAAUAACCAACAAAAUAAAAUCUUUCAAGUGUUUCUGUACUUUGUUUUCUGAUGUUUACAAAAAUAAUCCCUAAUAAAUUCCCUUUUCAACUGCAUAUCAAAAUUUGAGACUGAUAAG